GCCGCCGACCCCCUGGCUCCCCAGCGGGGCCUCCUCCUGCCACGUGACGCCCCCGCCAGGGGCCCCAGCGCCCUCCUCGCGGACGCGCCGUUCCGGCUCCCGGGCUCCGCCUGUGCGCGGCCUCCUCGGCGCAGCCAUCCUCGCGGCUGCCGAGGGCGGCAAAGCCCACGGCAUCUGCCAUUUGUCAUUCAGCCCGUCGGUACCGCCCCGAGCCUUGAUUUAGACACGUCUGGGGCGGAUUCUGGCCUCACUCUCCUGGCGGACAGACGGACGGACGGACGGGGCGGCUCUCCUCCCAGCCCGGCGGACCGCGGGCCUUGGCGCGCGGGGCGCUUCCCCGGGUCGCCGUCAUGGCCGCGGAGGCGGCGCGCCCGAGCUGCCGCGCCUGAGUUCCGGGGGGCUCCGGACCCCGCAGGUUUUAUGACAGAGCGUGUCUAGAUGUGGACAUUUCAUUUAUCCUGGAUUUAUUGUGUUCCUGUCUCUAAGGUUUUUCCCGCCUGAUUGACAACAUAGUCAUCAUUGGCUUUUGAUUGCUCUCACAUCUGAUGUUUCAUGUCACAUCUGAAACUCCUCUGUACCUCAAACUUAGAAAGGUAUUUGCAUAGGAAUCAGAGGCGUUAAUCUUGUGAGUAAACUCUCGACAUCUGUACUUGUUUCCUUCCUUCCUUCCUUCUCUACCUGCCCCCCGGGACUAAAGCACAGGACAGCUGCCAGGUCCCCAGCACCUUUGCAGAAUCCACACUCCUCUCUACAAGAGGAGGGGUGGUGGCAUUUUUUGAAAAAUAAUCUGGCUCCCAUUGUGGCAGUUGAAGCUAGUCUAUAGCACAGAUGCACACAAGUCUGUGAUUCUUUGCACCUUACUCAGGCGCCCCUCACAGGUCUGAAUCUCAUUCCACGGUGUCAAGUAUGCAGGAAGUACUCACUUUUGUAUUCCCCAUGCCGUCAACCUAGAGAGAAAUUUCAUUGCAGUCAUUUUUAGGUGUCUCCCUUUCCCCCGUGGAGUGUGUGUCCUAGAAUCUGGAGACUUCCCUGGCACCCGGUAGGUGAGGACUGGUCUUUGGUAUAUGACAGUGGGGUAGUGGUCUCUUGAAGCCCUGCCACUCUUGCCCCAGGCCUGGCCUCCCUGAGCACACCCACAGCUGUCCUCUAGAGGGUUCUGCCCUGCCUUGGGGACAGAGCUGUGCCAGGGCCCCUUUUCCUUUCCAGCCCCGGGAGCUGGGGGUGGAGGGGACAGUGUCUUUUUCUCUCCCUCUUACCGCUCUCUCCUUCUCUCGACCCUGAAAUUGGGCAGAGUCUCCUCACUGGGUUUAGAUGUUAAGAAAGACAGACUGCUUCUGCCGUCAUCUGGGCUAAAAUACAAGGAAUUACAAAGCUGCACCUGUUUUAAAUGAGCUAGAAAGGAUGUUGGGAGGACAAACGAAGUAACAUUCCAGAGUUGUCCUGCUGCACUGAUUUGGAGGCUGUAAUGAAGGCAAAACAUCACCCAAACACUGGUAACUAUGGAAAUGAAGAGAAGGAAACAGAUUUGAGAGACAAUAAGCUCGAAGAAUCUGUAUAGCUUAGUCAGUGAGUAAAAUCUCGUAUGCCUCCAGAGUUUCUAACUUUGGAGCAGCUGGGAAGCAACACGGUGAAGAGACUGACUAUUAAUAAUGUGGACUCUCAAAUCCCACACUCUGGAUGCAGAGCCCGGCCCAGCUGCUUGCUGACUGUGUGACCGUGGGCAAACUGGCGUCACUCCUAAGCCUCAGUUUCCCCAUAAGUAAGAUGAGGUUAAUGCUUCCUCCGCAUACGGUUGGUUGUUUGGAGCAUUAAGUAAAGUGAUUAAAACAACGGCCAUGACCUGGUGAGCAUCCAACAGACGUUAACUCUUAUCCCAUAGUGGUGCCAGUGGCUAAAAUCGCUGGUGGCGGAGGAGCAGGCCUGGCGGGUUAGCCGUGCGGAGCCCCUUCUCUAGGGUAGGUGACCUUCAGGGGCACUGACGAUAUCUAAGCUGAGAGGUGCAGGAGGAAGGUAGAUGGAUUCGCCUGAAAUAUGAAAGAAGUUCAGGAUUGAAGAUAGAGAUUUGGGAGGUCUGUGACCCCAAGGAGUAGUUGAAACCCUGGGUGGUGACUGAAGUCCCCCAGGGAUUGUGUGAGAGAAGGUAGAGGGCCAGGUGCCAGGCUCACAGAUCUGUUCAAACUCUGAGCAACCCUUUCACAACAUGCUCCUGUCGUCUUCAAAACGACUCCAUUGCUGUGAAAUGAAUAAUGAAUGUCCUGUUUACGGUCUCCACUUCAGAGGUAUAAUCUCAGUCGCGGUGAUCCAGCUCCCCGAAGUAAGACUUAGCUGCCUGUGAUCUGCCAAAUCGGGUGGGCUCCUUUCCGUCUGGAAUUACAGUCCUUAGAAAAUAAAAAACUUAUCUGGGAGGCUUUUCGAAAACAGGCCCUGCACAUCCUCAACCCAGAGGAGUCUUUCGCUGGAAGCCGAGGCAGGCCUCCCUGUGUCCAGGCUCGCCCAGUUCUUUCCCACUCAAAUCAUUUGAAAUAAAAAAGUCAGUUUGAAGAAUUUACUUAAGCAAAAUCAGGAGUAGCUCCAAGUGAAUGAGCUGAAACUGGAGGGAAAUCCCUUUGUUCAAUUCGGGUUUCAGUGAGCGCUCAGCAGGCAGCUAAACCAGUUCAUUAACAGAGAAAAAGACGCGUUUCUCAAAGCGGCUCAGAAGCUAAUGCUUAGAAAAACAGAUUGUGACAGCAGAAAUGCGUUCUAGAAAUCGUAACGCUCUAGAUUCAGGAAACUUUAGUUUUUGUCAUCACUGAAUAAACAAAUCACUUCCCCCUAAAUAUCUCCCCUUUAUUUAAGACAAUUCCCUCUAACUGAUCUGUUUACCGUGCACCAAUCCUCGUUCCUAGAAAAAUGUGAUUUUUCUUCCUACUCUGAAGCUCAGAAACAAGUAUAUCUAGAAAUGUUUAAUGUUAUUGGGUCAUUUAAAAAAAAAACGUAUUCUUUACAAAAAAAAUAAUAGAAUUGACAUAUUGAAACCUUUUCUCUGUGAUUUCUGAAAUCCAAAUUCUGACCUGAAAAACCAUUGUCUGCAAGUAGCAUCCCGUCACAUGCAGACGUGUUAUUCUUCCUAGCUGCCUCUGCGCUGCUUUAUUAAACUGUUGUACACUGCGCAUGAUUUUUCCCCUGGGGCCACGCAUGCUUUCAGGUUCUCUGUUGCAUUGUUAACUAUUUAAGCAUUAAACUGGGGCUGAGAUGGCAGGUGGGAAAGGCCGAGGGACUUGAUCUCCUCCCUGCCAGAGUUCUCCGCUUUCACUAGUGCUGCUUACAUUGAACGGCUUAAGAAUAAGCUCCUGUGUGAGCCCUCGGAGGCCAAGGAGUAUUGUUGAAUUCAGAAAGGAAUCUCUUUCUUUUAGUGAUAAUUUGAAUAUUUUGACAAUGAAGCUAAGCUACUCCACUGCCUGGUUUGCGUACUUCAUGUCAUGUGCGCCCUUUCUAGUGAAGCAGAAGAGAGCCUCUGCCUCUCUUCAUAAAUUCAUAAAUUGGUAUUGUCCAUUGAUGAGAUGGGUAGGAGCAAAGGAGGAAUCAUCCAGAAGAAUUGCACUCUCUUGCCUUAAUGUUUUUUACAGCUCUUAAAAAAAAUUAAUAUAGGCCUUUGGAGACCACCCAGUUAAACCACCACGAUAAAGGUUGAGUAUUUUGAGAAGAGAGCUUGACCAUGAGGAUAAUUUGUGAAGUGUUUAUGCAUCUGCAAAGCAAGGAGUACGUUUAAAACAAAUACUAUGGGUGAUUCAGAGAACCUACUCACCUCCAGUAUUUCCCCUAAAUUGUGGUGGAUUAUUUUAAAACUUUAGUUGUCUGAAAAUGGCCUUAAUUUUCCUGUUUUUAACUUAAUUUUCCUGUUUAAUAACUUAUUCAAAAUAAAUGGACAUAGCCUUUUUGAGCAAAUUAAGAGAAGAAAACAGGCAACCAAGUGAAUAAAUCGCUUAGGUGAGAUAUAAUUGGCUGUUACAUAAUAGAUUUACCUUUGUACCAGUAAAGAGAAUCCCGAAAAGCUUCCCCCCUAAGAGGAUUGACUGGUUAGAAUAGUCUUAGUUGGAAGAAGCCAACUUUUAUAAUUGAUUGGUGAACAGAGAUACCCGUUUCCAAAUGCUCACCAGGGAUCAGUGGUGGGAAGCUGGCUGUAGACCUUUCUGGAGACUUGGUGAAAACAUAAGUUCCCAGGGCCCCAGCGACGCUGUCAGUCAGUGUUAGUUUGUACUGUGGCCUAGGAAUCUGUAUUUUUAAAAGAUUGCCCUGGUAAUUCUAACGUAUAGCCAGGUUUGGUAACCAUGGAACUGUAUAUGCAAAUUGGAGACUUCACCUUUUCACCCUGCACGGUUGAUAAAUCUAUAUGAAGAUAUGAAGCUUUUUAUGUGAGGCUUUUGUUGAAAAUGAAUGUCUACUGUUUAUUGCUGAUUUUUUUCAAUUCAUAAUUUGUUUUAGGUUCUGUUAUUACAUAGACUUGCAUACCCGUUUUAUGGUAUUCUAAUACUGUUGAUUUUUUAAAAAUGCCAUUUCCUCUGAGUUCUAUUUUGAAUAUUUUAUGUAAGCAAUUUCAUGGUUGUUGUUUUUUUUUUCUACUUGCAGAAAGCAGGGGAAAACAACAGGGUUUUUCUAAUCCAGUUGCAAGUAGGACAAAGGAUAUAAUAUAAAUACUUAAAGAUCUUCCUGGGCAAGAUUACAUGAGACGUUGAAAACCUUUUAAGUUACAACAUUAUGAACUUCAGCACACCUUUUAAAUAUAUCAGAUGAUCUAAAUGUUACAGACUUUUGCCAUAUGGUGUAUCUGAGACAUUUAAAAAUUAAGGGUGGUGGGUCUACUGACGUAUUAUACUGUAGGAUUUUAACAUCUGAACUUGAUCUAUCGUCUAUUAAAAUGCCUAAAAAGCAGGAGAAAAUCUCCUCCACACCUUAGCAGUUGUGUAUGUGUUUGUGCUCUUGAAGUAAGCAAGCUCAAGUUGCCACGUAAGCGGGGGUGGGGGGCAGGGGGAGUGUUUUUCUAGCUUCGUUCACUUAAGGUGUGCAAGAUCUCUUCUUACAGGUUUGAAGCCUCAAACUUCUGAGAGGUCUCCCUGACUGCCUUGGAGCUGAUGUUUCCUGUCGCCGAGUAGACUGAACUUCGCAAUGACCCGAAAUCAUGGUUUGAAGUCGAUAAUACCGACUCUAUGGAAAUAGCCGUCUCUAUCACAAGGGAAAGUGCGCUUCAUCUACCGUCAAAACACUGUGCGCUUGACUCCUGCCACCCAGGAGAAGCACAGACAGGUGGACUUAUAUGCAGAAGGACCUCUUAAAGCACACAGGAGGAUGCAGAGUUGUGCUGCGUUCAAGCCAUUUAAAGGAACACGUUGAUUCUGGGGAGUUGAUGCUGAACUGGUGGGGGAGGAGCAGCAUUGUUUUCAGAUGAAAUGCAAGGAAACUGUUCCCCUUCUCUCCACAGACAGUUUGGUGGUCCAGGACGUGCCCCAGCUCUAGUGAUGCCGAUUGCCUUUACGCUCUGGAACCUCAUCCAUGCCUCAGACUUGCUCCUCUCAACCUGAGACUGCGUGGAAACUGGGAUGUGGGAAGCAGGAAGCAGAGAUAGUGGUAACUGAGAGGCCCAUGUCUGGGUAGAACCAGGUCCGGGACCACAACGCUGCCUCCCCCCUGGCCUGGCGGUCAGCUGCUGUGGCUCUGCUGAUGUGCUCAGCACCGUCCUUCUAUUGGUACUUAAAUGGCACAGCAUUUGGUCAGCGCAUCUGAAAAGGAAGGUGUGAGAGACAAAGCCCAUGGCCACCUACCCCUGCCAAUUAUGUGGCAAGACGUUCCUCACCCUGGAGAAGUUCACUAUCCACAAUUAUUCCCACUCCAGGGAGCGACCUUACAAGUGCUUGCAGCCAGACUGUGGCAAAGCCUUCAUUUCCAGAUAUAAAUUAAUGAGGCACAUGGCUACCCACUCGCCCCAGAAAUCCCACCAGUGCGCUCAUUGUGAGAAGACUUUCAACCGCAAAGACCACCUGAAAAACCACCUCCAGACGCACGACCCCAACAAAAUGGCCUUUGGGUGCGAGGAGUGCGGGAAGAAGUACAACACCAUGCUGGGCUACAAGAGGCACCUGGCCCUGCACGCGGCCAGCAGUGGCGACCUCACCUGCGGGGUCUGUGCCCUGGAGCUAGGGAGCACGGAGGUGCUGCUGGACCACCUCAAGGCCCACGCGGAAGAGAAGCCCCCGAGUGGAGCCAAGGAGAAGAAGCACCAGUGCGACCACUGCGAAAGAUGCUUCUACACCCGGAAAGACGUGCGGCGCCACCUGGUGGUCCACACAGGCUGCAAGGACUUCCUGUGUCAGUUCUGUGCCCAGAGGUUUGGGCGCAAAGACCACCUCACGCGACACACCAAGAAGACACACUCACAGGAGCUGAUGAAAGAGAGUCUGCAGUCCGGAGACCUUCUGAACACCUUCCACUCCCUCUCUCCGCAGUUCCAGCUGAAGGCCGCCCCACUGCCUCCUUUCCCUUUAGGGGCUCCUGCACAGAACGGGCUUGCAAGCGGCCUGCCAGCUGAGGUACACAGCCACACCCACGGCCCCUCGGAGCAAACCUCCCAGCCUGUGCCAGCGCUGCCAGAGCUCCUGGCCCCGCUCCACCCCGUAGCAUCCCCCAGCUCUCCUCCCCCACCCCUCCAGAAUCACAAGUACAACACCAGUUCUACCUCAUACUCCCCACUUGCAAGCCUGCCCCUCAAAGCGGAUACUAAAGGAUUUUGCAAUACCAAUUUGCUUGAGGACUUGCCUCUGCAAGAGCCUCAGUCACCUCACAAGCUCAACCCAGGUUUUGAUCUGGCCAAGGGAGGUGCUGGUAAAGUAAACCUGCCCAAGGAGCUACCUGCAGACGCUGUGAACCUAACAAUACCUGCCUCUUUGGACCUUUCCCCUCUGUUGGGCUUCUGGCAGCUGCCCCCUCCUGCUACCCAAAAUGCCUUUGGGAAUAGCAGUCUCACUCUGGGGCCUGGGGAAUCUCUGCCCCACAGGUUAAGCUGUCUGGGGCAGCAGCAACAAGACCCCUCACUCGCCAUGAGCACUAUGAGCCUGGGCCAGCUCCCCCUGCCCCCCAUCCCCCAUGUUUUCCCAGCUGGCACUGGUUCAGCUAUCCUGCCUCAUUUCCACCAUGCAUUCAGAUGACUGGUUUUUAAAGCGUACCGUUCUUAUUCUGGAAGAUGUUUUAAGAAGCAUUUUAAACAUCAGUUAUGAUACAAGGAAAGAGUUAGAAAGCAGGACUGGAAUAUGGCUUAUUCAGUGAUGACUGGCUUGAGAGAAGAGAGUUCUCGAACUGCAUGUAUUGUGCCAAUCUGUCCUGAGUAUUCAUGCUUUGUACCAAAUUUAAUAAGCAAGUAUUCUUUAAUGGAACUGCAACCAUUGUCAUAACCGACAUCCAUACGAGGGCUGCUAUAUAUAGGUGUUUGUCAAAUUGAACUUAAUCGUAAGCCAUGAUCAUAAUAAUGUUAACUAAAUAACUUUAUGUGGCACUGCCUAGUAAGGGAACUAUGGAAAGGUUUGGAUUUCUCCAAAAUGGGAGAAUUUUUAAAAUAAGAAAAUAACCUUUAUAUUGCAUAUUAUGACUAGGCUGUGUAUUUCUUUUCAGGGAUUUUUCUACCUUCAGGGUUGGAUGUAGUUUAGUUACUAUUGCCAUAGCCAACCUAUAGUUUUACAGAAACAAUUUCUUGUGGAAUAAUAGAUGUCUCCAUUUUAAAAAAGCAUUUUAAAUGUAGUUUGAAUAUUUUCCACAGGAUGCUACAAUGUGAGUUAUCACUUCAUUUAUCUUAAAGACUAAACUGAUUGUCAGUUACAUCUGACAGAAAAAAAAAAAAAAAAUCACUGUGUAACCAGGUUAAGCGGUAAAAUAAUCCAGGCGUCAGUCAAAAAAGGCAUUUUACUGACUUUAAUAUUGAUUAUAUUUUUAACAGGAAUUUAAGAAUAUUACUGGAAUUAAAAAAAUAUAUAUAUAUAUAUUAAACAAGAAUUUCCUUUGCUCUGUCUGGCUUAAAAUACUACUCUGCUUAAGUAUUUUUAAUCACCAAUAAGUAAAUGCAUUUUAAAAUUCAUCAUUUAAGUCAAUAUUAGUUUUAUUCAAAAAAGAUAACGUUUUACAAUGUAACUAUAAUCUAUCUCUUGAAUUUGGUAUCUAAUGAGUUUUUAAAAUAUAAAACCUAACCUUUUUUUAAAGCUCCUUUGUCUUUUGUGUUUAGAGGCUUUCUAUAUGAAGAUAUAUCUUACGUAUAAUAAACUCUACAAAUUCUG